AUGGGGGAUCAAAGCCAUGGCCUCCGUUAUUUUGACGGAGCGGAUAGUGUUGAUUGGCGGGAAUACCGCCGCUGGAAACUGUGGUGCAUGAACAAGUUUCUGGUGAUGGAUAAGCUGCCGAAGGAAGCGAGGGGCAGCUACGUCUGGACCUUGCUCCAGGGCAAGGCUCUGGAGAUGGUUGAACAUCUCAAGGAGUCCGAGUACCAGAAGGAGGGCGGCGAGAAGGUGAUCUUUGAGAUUCUCGACAAGCGCUGGCCCGAGAGGGAUCGGACGGAUGAGAUGGGUGAGAACCUCACGGAGGUUUUCACGCUCCGGGCUCGUGAGGGCGAGCUACUUCGAACCUGGUGUGCCCGAGCUCGCGAAUGCUUUGAUCGCUGCAGCAGGAAGACUGGAGUGUCCUUCCCGGAGGAGGCGAAGGGCUGGAUAGUCUUGAAUCACAGCGGCAUGAACGAGGCGAUGCGCUCGUGUUUCCCGGAGUACAUCGUGCCCCGCAAGCGCGGAGUCGCUGCGGCCCACUACGUCGAGGCGGAGGACGACUCAUGGUGGAGCGGCGACUACGAAGACUACGUGACCAACGAGGUCACGACACGCGAAGGUGGCGAAGUUCCCUUCUACGACGUGGAGAUGUUCCUUGCGGAGCACGGGAAGAAGGAGGACGCCCCGGCCGAGACCGAGGUGUUCCCCGAAGCCGAGGUGGCUGAGGUCCUGGCGGCUACUUGGAAGGAUCGCAGGCAGGAGUUGAAUCGCCUCCAGCGGGCGAGGAAGUUUCCACAGGCUAAUGAUCUGCGAAGGUCUUUCCGGGUGGAGAUCGAGGAGUUGAAGCGCCGGACCCAAUGCCGCAAGUGCGGCCGAACAGGCCACUGGGCACGAGAGUGCCCAAUGAAGUCCUCUGCCGCCGGAGCCUCCGGAUCAGGCUCUACCUCGGCAGCGGGCAUGGUGCAACAUGUGGAGUUUGUGUGCCAUGCGGUGCAGAUCCCCCAGAGCAUGGUGGAGCAACUGAGAAGCCGACGUGACCAGGGACCUGAGCAAGAGUUGCUGUUGGUGUCAAGCCCGGGCUUUGCAGUGCUGGACUCAGGGUGCGGCAAGAGCGUCAUCGGAGAGAUCACGCUCCAGGCCUUCCGGAAGCUAUGGAGCUCGGCGGGUAUCGAGCAGCCGGCCGAGACGCCUGAACUCAACACGUUCAGGUUCGGGAAUGGGGCCCAACAGGUCUCGAACCGGAUCGUCACCAUGCCGGUGUGUCUCGGCGGCCGCCGCGGAGUGGUGCGCGCCGCCGUGAUCGGCGGACAAGCGCCAUUGCUCCUGUCUCGCCCGGCUUUGAAGACCUUGGCUGCCAGGAUGGACUUUGGCCGCGACGAGCUGGUCCUCUUUGAGGGUCACCAGGCCAUCCCCAUGAGCACCAACGAGGCCGGGCAGUAUAUCAUUCCCGUGGCGAACUUCGAGUCCCAGGCGAGCCCAGGACACCAAGGCACGCCAGCUGAGCCAGAAGACUGUUGGGAAUUAGCUAGUGACGGUUUAAGUGUUAGUAGAAUUCAUCACAAGCCCCGUACAGAUGCCUUUACGCCGUGUUCGGAAGGGUGUCCGGUUGAAAUUGACAGGCUGCUGGGAACCCGACGCACAUUCGUGAAUCCUCCCAACGGUGUUGACCCUAGGGAAGUCGUUGACGAUUGGAGGGUUCCAGAGAAUGCACACCGUAGCUUGCAAGAGCGUCCGUGGACCGGACGAACGGUGUUCCAGGUGGAGCCGAUCUCUCCCACGAUGCCAUCGAGUGAGCCUCCCGAGCCUGAGGAUGGGGCGGCCGAACAGUGGUCCCCACACCAGUGGAGACAGCUCACCGGAGCGAGCGGCUCCACAGCAAAGGUUCAACCAGACAAGGUGCACAUUCUAGAGGUCUUUGGUGCUCCUAGGUAUGCCCUGGAAGCGGUCACUAAGGGUCUCAAUGGUGCUAGUGCUGAUCGCAUCACCGGCUGGGAUUUUCGCCGGGCCGCGGACCGUGACCUAAUUUUGCAAACUGUGACGGAGCAAAGACCAGAGCUCCUCGUGCUUGGCUCACCGUGCACCUGGCAAGCCGGCUGGUAUGAUAUCGAUCCUGUGCAUUCGGAUGAAAGUACCCGGCGAGAGAAGGCUGUGCUUUCUAAGCUUUUGCUGAACUUCGCUGCUGAUGUUGCCAGUCGACAGCUCGAGCACGGCGGUCGAUUUGUCAAGUCGGUGCUGAGAACUGUUCGAGAGCUGCCCCGUUUUGGAGCUUGCGUGAUCCAAGUGGGCUCUGAUCACGAGUGUUUCGUGGCCGGCAGAGUUGCUGAGCUGAACGAACAGCGUCGAGAGCAAAUGUUGGCGAGCUUGCGCAAACUGCAUGCGAACUUGGGGCAUCCUCCCAAUCCUGUGUUGGUUCGAGUUCUCAAGCACGGUGGCGCCUCACAAGUUGCGCUUGACUUGGCUCGAGAGUUGUCGUGCGAUCUCUGUGCAGCGCAGAAGCAGCCAACUCCAGCACCGUUGGCGCAGACACACCGGGUCACUGAGUUUAACCGGCGUGUCGGGCUAGAUGUCAAGUACCUGCCCGGGUGGCUUCCCAAUCAGAAGAUACCAGCACUCAACAUUGUAGAUUAUGCGUCGUCGUUCCAGAUCAUGGUGCCGUUGCCGGGCCGGGAAACCGGCGAAACUCUUCGGCAGGCCUUCCAGGAGAGAUGGGUCUCGUGGGCAGGUGUGCCCCAUGAAAUCGUCGUUGACCCUGCGCAAACCAACCUCAGUGAAGCACUCACUGUACCACAGGAGCUAGCGGGCUCAGUGGUGGCAGCUACCGCUGCAGAGGCACAUUGGCAAUUGGGCAAGGUAGAGGUCCAUGGCGGUUGGUUUGGUCGUGUUCUUCAGAAGGUUAUUGCUGAGUGCGCGGCACAUGAUCGCCCGACGUGGGUUGAGUGUGUUGUCGGCGCCCAUUGUAAGAAUGAGCUGAUUCAAGUGUAUGGCAUGACGCCAUCACAGUUCGUUUUCGGUCGUAAUCCCAGGGUGCCAAGCAAUCUGCUCGACGAGCCCUUAGAUGUGAUACCUGCCACAGCCUCCCUGCAUGAAGACGCCGUGGCCAGGAGUGUGGCCAUUCGCCAAGCCGCCCGACAGGCGGCUCUCCGAUUGAGCCUGGCAGCCAGGCCAAGGGUGUUGGAACAGCAUGCACCUGGGUCCUUGGUUGCGUAUUGGCGCACUCAGAAGAGUCACGAAGGGACCAUUGAGAGAGGAGGCCGCUGGUAUGGUCCAGCCGUGGUAUUAGGGCAGGUUGGUAAGAACUUAGUUGUGGUUCAUAAGCGUCAGGUGUUUCGAUGUGCCCCCGAACAAGUCCGUAAGGCCACUUCGGAGGAACAAGCCCUGGUGUCUACCCCUAAUGCUGAGCUGCUAGGAUUCAAACACCUGAUAGACACUAAUGCCUUGUCGAGCCGACAGUAUAUGGACCUCGUUCCCCUAGAUAGACCACCCCUUGCCGAACAAGAACAACCAGCGUCCAUGCAGGCCAGUGCGAUGCCACAGGCUCCUGCCCUGUCGGCUGGAGCACCAUCUGCUGGAAGUGCCGCUCCAGGCUCUGCGCAGGGGCCGUUGUCGGUUCCGUCGGCACCUGUUGUUCCGGGUUCCGGGGUCGAAGUAGAUAGGGGUCAGGGUUCUUCACGGGAUCACUUGAAUGUUGGCCGGGGCUCGCAGCCCUUCAAACCCAAAGACCCACCUGAGACGCCAAGUCCCAAUGCCUACGGUCCUGUACGUCGCGUGACCAGGAAGACCUCACCAGAGCAGCUGCACCGGCCAAGCGCUAUGUUGCAGGACGAUUUCUCAGAGCUGAUGCAAGAGGUUAUCCCUGAACUAGUGUCACAGACAAUGCAAGCCACGAUGCCUGAUAGUCAAGUGCUUCCUAAUGUACCGGAAGCACCCUCUGCGCGAGGAGUGAAACGCGAGGCUUCUGCUGAGCCCGCAGUGAGAGAAAGCAGCCGCAGAGCGACUGAGAACGCUCCCGAGGGUCAGCCCGGUGAUGAUGAAAACUUAGCUGUAGAAGCCCUUCUAGUUCAGGUUGCUGACCCGUCCCAAAGCAUAGAGACCCUAAUGGCCCAAGCACUCAACAAGCGGCAGUCCAAGGAGGUUCCCGCCACCGGUAACCCUCUUGAACUUCAGACCCAGGUAGAUGAAGCUAAGACCGUAGAGUGGAAUACAAUCUUGAGCCGCAACGCCACCCGUCUUGUGCUUGGGCGUGAAGCUGAGAAGGUGCGUCGCAAGUUCUCCGAUCGCAUCAUGGAUCCCGACCUUGCAAAGAAGGCUGUAGCGGGCGACCUGCAGUCUCCCACGUUGUCACAGGUGGGACGUUCGGUGCUCUUUCAGCUUAUCUCCUCCCAUAAGUGGCUUCUUCGGUUGGGUGACAUUAAGGGUGCCUUUCUCUCUUCAGGCGAGCUCCCCGCUUCCUAUAGACCCUUGUACGCCAGACUUCCACCUGGAGGCAUCCCCGGUGUGCCCUCUGAUGCACUUAUCGAAGUGCUGGGACAUGUCUAUGGACUGAACGACGCCCCUUCGGCGUGGCAGAAAACACUCAACAAGGCUCUCCUAGAGGUUGGGUUUGAACGUAGCAGGUUUGAUCCUUGUGUGUAUUACAUGCGAGAUCAAGGGAGAUUGGUAGGCGUGUACGGCGUGCAUGUUGAUGACAGUGCCACAGGUGGUGAAGGUGAUAAGUACAAUCAGGCUAUCGAAGCACUCCGAAAGAAGUUUGAAUUCCGCAAGUGGCGAAUUGGAGAUGGCGACUUUUGCGGAGCACGGUAUCGACAGGACCCUGUUAGCUUCGACAUCACCAUGUCUCAAGAAAGCUUUGUCGAUAAACUUCGCCCUCUCCGGCUGAGCCGCAGCCGCCUCCUUCAGAAGGAUGCUCCCCUGACAACGGAUGAAAUUCGGUGUCUUCGCGCCAUCAAUGGCGGUUUGAACUGGCUUGCGACGCAGUCCAGACCAGACCUGUCAACACAAGUGUCCUUCUCUCAGCAGUCUUUCCCCGAGCCUUUAGUUUCAGAUGCCGUAGCUGCCAAUAACGCUGUUCGCCGAGCACGCCAGAAUGCUCAGCUACCAAUAGUGUUUCGAGCAGUGCCGCCUGAACAGCUAGCUGUGAUGUGCCACAGCGACGCAGCUUAUGCCAAUGGCCGUGACGGAGCCACGCAAGCAGGUUUUGUAGUGAGCUUCACGCAUAAGGAUAUGAAUGAUGGUGUUGUCCAACAGUGGACCCCGGCCAAUUGGCGUAGUUAUAGGCUCCCCAGGGUUGUUAACUCCACUCUUAGUGCAGAGGCGCAGGCAAUGUCAACCGCCACUGGCAUGUUAGAAUGGAUUCUUUUGUUGCUUUCUGAGGCACUUGACGGCCCAUGCAAUCUCCGCAAUUGUUGGCAGUAUGCAUCCCGGCGUUGCAGCAUGGCCCUCACCGACUGCAAGUCCUUGUACGAUCAUCUAGUUUCUAAGUCCUCCCCGACCCUAGAUGAUAAAAGAACUGCCCUGGAUGUCGUCAUAGUCCGCGAAAGCUUAGGCCGUGUUGAUGCAAACCUUCGGUGGAUUCCCACAAAUAGAAUGAUUGCCGACGGCCUGACAAAAGAGACUAUCGAAGCGAUUGAUCUGCUCAGGGCAUGCCUCAGGACGGGCCAGUACCAGAUAAGUGAUGAGCAACAUGUGUUGGACUGGCGUGCCGAUGAGAAACAGCGGCGCAAGGACCGCGCUGCCUUAUAG